CAAAGAUUUCUUUCCCAAACGGACCAAAACAAAUCUGCAAACCCUCUUCUCAUCUUUUUCUCUGUCCCGAGAGAGAGAGAGAGAGAGAGAGAGAGAGAGAGAGAGAGAGAGAGAGAGAGAUGCACCCGAAGACGUAUUCGGAGGAGACGUCGCCGCGUGAGAGACCGGCGUACUUCGUGCAGAGCCCGCCGAAUGCCGAUGUGGACAAGGCAUCAAGCGGGUCGGGUUUCAGCCCGGUCGGGUCUCCGGUCCGGGCGCAGACACGACACGUCAGCACGGGGAGCGACGAGGAGUACCGCCACUCUCGAGGGUCGUGGACGACGUCGAGGUGCUCGGAGCCGCUGAAGAACCAGAACCCUCGAACCUUCGCGGGAUACAGCAGCAUGGGAUUGCAACAGGGCCGUCGGAUCGCCGACGAGGACGACUACGAUCACGAGGACGACAUCGAGAUGGACGGUCCCCAUGAACGGAGGGCCAGGAAAGUCAGGUUCUACAUCUGUUUGAUCUUCGCUUUCGCUCUGGCGUUUUCUCUGUUCUGUCUGAUCUUGUGGGGCGCUAGCAGAUCCUUCAGCCCGAAAGUCACUCUGCAGGGGAUUGUGUUCGAGAGCAUGAACGUGCAGUCAGGGAGUGACGGUUCGGGAGUGACGACAGAUAUGCUGAAUCUGAAUUCAACGGUCAGGAUUUUGUAUCGGAACACAGCCACUUUCUUCGCCGUCCACGUCACCUCUUCCCCUGUCCAGCUCAGCAUCUCCCAGCUCACCCUCGCCUCCGGCCAGAUAGAGGAGUUCACUCAAAAAAGGAAGAGCCAAAGGAUCAUUAAAACGAACGUAUACGGAGACCAAGUGCCUCUGUACGGCGGAAUACCUCUUCUCUACGCCCAGCGGACGCACCCCGACCGAGUCACCCUGCCUCUGAACCUAACCUUCACGCUCAGGACUCGGGCCUAUGUCCUCGGCCGGCUCGUCAAGUCCAAGUUCUACUCCCGGGUCCGAUGCGCCGUCGUUCUUCGGGGCAAUAACCUCGGCAAGAAUGUCGAUCUCUCCAAAUCUUGCUCUUACAAAUGAUACAACAUUCGGUAUAU